CAAGAACAAAAAACAAUUUUGUCUUUCGUUUUUGAAACAGACCCUGACCGACCUCAGCUCAGCCUCAGCCCUGCCAGGUGCCUUCCGGCGCUUUCCUAAUCGGGCAAUGCGCCCUGCCAGCUGGCGGCCGACCACCGGGCGCAGUGACUGGCUUGGCGGCGGCGGUCAUCACCGAUUAUCAUGCGAUUAUGCGUUCAGUUGCCGCGAUUGGUGCUUGGUAAAACUUUUUGGCAGCAAUGUCCCUCCAAUUUGUUCUUCUCACAGCCAGCAACCGGCUUCUUCUUUUUGUCUUUUUUAGCGUCAAUUGUAAAGAUCCCACCUUAGAGUCAAAGCGUCAUCCCCCUGCACGGCCCCAAACUUAAAGAAGCAUAGUUUGCUUUCUAGCAGGGCGCCUAACGCAAGCAUCAUUUCACUAUGAUUGGACUCGUAACACGAAACAAGGCUCUGGCCCCAGAUCGUAUAAAUCAAAGCCACGAAGUUACUGGGGGCACCUGAAUCGUGCAGGCCGCCUAUAAAGACUUUGCUUAUUCCCAUCCUCUCAGGAGCAGAGCCUUCUCCCCAAUCCAUCCCACAGUGUAUCCCUUCAAUCUGGCACACAGCUCUUCUUCUUCUUUCUUUUUGCCCACUAUGCAGUUCUCUACUACCACUCUCGCUGCCAUCGCCCUCCAGCAGGUCGCUGCCAAUGCCGCCACCCCGGGCGAACGUGCACCUGCUCUGGCCGCCCCCCUUGCCCUUAUCGCAGCUACACCAGCUCCGACUGCGACUGUUGCUGCCAACGUCCAUGAUAUCCAGCGCCGCGACGCUGUCGCUUGUCUCACCAGCGCCCUCCUCGCUCUCAAUGUCCCGACUCCUGCGCCACGCCUGCAGAGCUAUGUUUUUGGGGCCAUCACCGAUAUUAACACUGCCUCUAUUAACGACGUCUGUGUUGCGCAGGUGCCCGCGAGCCUGUCCUCCGACUUCAUGGACUUUGCCAGCAAGGCGAAUGCUUUUUAUAGCAGCCUGAGCUCGCGCGAGCCAGCUCAUUGUGGCACUUCGGUUGACGUCCCUCUACCGAAGGUCCUUUGCACCUCCGAGUCUGCGACUUACAUCUUCACAUCUGAUGGCGCUGCUGUGACCACUGAGGUUAUCAAGAACGGCCCUCUUCCUACCAAGAUUGUCAUUUCCGACGCCAAAGGCGCUGCCUCGGCCCGCACUUACAGUGCUGGUAUGCUUACUGGUGCUGUUGCUGUUGCUCUCGGCUCGAUGAUGCUGUAAACAGUAGACAGGAGGUGGAAUCUGGGAUAAUGUAUACCUUAUGAACAUACGACUACUUGAUAUUAAAUACCAAUUUCAACUUAUAACCCCUUACUGUACUCAUAUCUUCUCUGCCCAUUGUGCCGCAUCUAUAAACCUUUAAUAUGUGCCGACUCUUUUCUACCUUGAACAUCUCCUCUCAGCAAUAUCAACAGCCAACCACCAGCAAACCGACAACGACAAAACUUUCCAUACAUGUACCUGCAAAAAUGCGAUUCACGCCCGUCCAACCAGCAUCCGCCUACGCCUGCAU